CCCUCCGCUUGCUCACCACGCGUGAGUGAGGUCUACAGUUUGGGAAAAGUCUAUUUUGAAGACAUAAUUGUGUGUAUAAGACCUAUUUUUCAGCACUAUGGGAGGACAGGCAAAGGGCAAAAAGAAAAAUAAGCCGAAGAGGAAAGACAAACGCCCAAACAGCGAUGCAGGAUUUGUUGGAUUGUCCCCCCAGGAAAGAAUGAAAGUAAGAAUGCAUGAAAAAGCCAAGAAGAAGACAGCCGAGAAGUACUCUGUGCAACAGCUUCUAGAAAAGACAGAGGAAUGCAUGGACACUUUUGACUUUGAGAUGGCUGGUCUUUUCUGCCAACGAGCCCUGGAUGUGGAUUCCAACAACCUGCAAGCUCUAGACAUGCUGGGUCACAUCUGCUCUGAACUGGGAGACACACAGAAAGCUAAGGAAGUUUUUCUACGUGCAGUGGAGCUGAGCCCAGAUGUCGGCCACAGUAAGUACAUGUACCUGGGACAAAUCCACACAGGCCGAGAGGCUGUAGACUACUACACUCGAGGAAUACAAGUCCUGCUGUCUGCAUUGGACAAACAAGCACAGCCCACACAGGCUCAGGCUGGAGCCGCCGCCCCACCUGAUGAGAACCCUGAGCUCCCCACAGCGAAGGAUGUUUGUAUAGCCUACUGCUCCAUCGCAGAGAUUUACCUUGCAGACCUCUGCAUGGAAGAGGGAGCUGCAGACAAGUGCAGAGAGUUCAUUGAGAGAGCAUUAGAGUAUCACUAUGACAACCCUGAGGCUCUACAGCUCAUGGCCAGUUACCUGUUCAGUACAGAGAGAAACCAGGAAGGCAGAGAAUACCUGUUGAAGAGUGUUGGAUUGUGGCUACCUGCCCAGAAACAGAGUGCGGAUUCUUCCAGCGCAGAGCAAGAGAUGCAGAACGACAUCCCCCCGUACGAAUCCCGCAUCACCACAGCCAAACUGCUCAUCGAGUCCGAAGAAUACGAGAUGGCAGUUGAUGUUUUGGAGGGUCUUCUGGAGGAGGAUGAUGAAGUUGUCCAGGUGUGGUAUCUCUCCGGCUGGGUGUGCUACCUCCAAUUGGAAAAAGCAAAGGAGCAGCAAGAAAGAGAGGGGAGAGACGUGACGGAGGAGGAGAAAGAGGAGUGGAAGGCAUUGAAGGAGGCGGCCAGAUCAUACCUGACCAAUGCUAAGAAGCUGUACAGUAAGCUGCGAUGCGAUGACCAGCCGAUGUUCGAGCAUGUGGAGCAGCUGCUGGGCGAGCUGGGAGGAGAGCUGGAAGGAGACGAAGGAGCCCCAGUCUUGGAUGACGAUUAUGAACCCUGUAGUGAUGAGGAGGAGGAUGAUGCGGAUGUAGCCAUGGAACACUGACCACAGCCACUCGCUCAUGCUCUAAGAUUCCACUUUUCCCCAUCAUGCUUCCCUCUACCUUGAAUGUUCUGGUGCGCUCUCUGAAGUGCCUUUUUUUUUUUAACUGGUUUUCUUUUCAUGCCCGUUUAUCAAAGAUCAAUUUUGAAUUCAAGUAAGAUGCGCAAAAAGAGUGGCAUUAAAAGCUGCAGUCUGCUCAAUCUCUUUCAGUCAGUUGUUUAAUGCUUUUGGUGAAAUAAGUGCAUACUUGAGUAAUGCUUCCCUUAAUCUCCUUGACAGAUGUUGAUAAAGAAAAUUAAUUUUGGAGCUUUGCUUCUCACCAGCAGCAAAAGCAAAACACCUUUGAGUGCUUUUACCUUCUCAUACACACCAAUGCAUUGGUUUCUACGAGCAAAUACACAGCACGUGCGAAAACCCACAAAAGCUGCACGUUAAUUACUUCAGCUCCUCUCAGCACAGGCACACCAGUAGCCGCAGUGCUUCCCUCUCUGACUGUGGGAAAGCGAAAUAUCUCAUUGAGGUGUGAACAUUAUUAGAAAACUAUGUCUGCCAACAAACAGUUAAUUCUAACUUUACAUGUGACGUUUGUAGUACUCCAAGUUUAGGUAAUUCUUGAAUUUUUAUGCUAUUCGGUUUAUUCUCCCACUUUGGGUUUUUCCCCUCCUUUUUUGUUAGCUCAUUGGAUUCAACAAGACAAGACACAAUAGAGAGGAUUUGGCAUUAACUUAUGCAGCAUGCGUUUCUCUCACUGCUAGACUGUUCAAAGUGUCUGGCACAAAGCCUUUCUAAAAGGAGAAACAGGCAACUCUGACUUAGUAUUUUUACUGUAGUUUUCACAUUGCAGCCUUUUCAACUUCUCAGACAGAGGUAUGUAGCGUAAUGGCGUGGGUUAAGGUAAUGGCAUGGGCCAAUAAUGGGCUUUUUAAAAUAUUUUUGUACAAUUGAGAGCAGCAAGGUGAAGAGGCAGGGUUUGUACAUCUGAUUGGUAGACAGCUAGAUAUGCAGCUACCUUCUGUGGACAAAAAGAUCAUAGCAAGAUCUUAUUGUUUUUUUUGUAACCAGCAGCACAAAACUCAAAAUGUAAGCCAUUCACAGAAUGCCAAACUACUGGUUCAGGUCAGAGAUGUCAGACUGAAAAUGAAAAAAAAAAAAAAAAAAAAAACCUGCAUUGUGACGGUAUUGGACAUACACAUACCUGAUAUCUUGAAAUGUUACAGACAUAUGUAUAGUCCAUAAAUGUCUCUUCGUGAUUUUUGCCCCAAACAUAAUUUCAAAACACAGUUUGUAGUUUUCAACUCAGAAAAUAUACUGAACAGUUUUUUUGUUCUUCAUAAACUGACAUUUACCGUUUUUUUUUUUCACAAAGUAUUCUUCCAUGCAUUAUGCCUGUCAACAAACAAAGCACACCACAGGCAUUCAUUGCUGUGCAGCCCCUUUGAAGAGUUUCAUAACCGGUAAAUGGGAACGUUAUCUGAGAUCCUGCUCCUGAUAGUGACCCUGCUGCAAGCUGAGAGGCCUGUUCGGGGAUACAGGGGUUCAGAUACCAUGAUCUGAUUGUGUGCGUUUGUGUUUGAAGAGUGUAAAAUAAAGCUGAAGAGAAACGUUACCAAUACGAUACUGCGUGUUUGCAUGUAUGUGGUACACCGUAUAUGCCGCAGAUAUUGAUAGCUUAAUGUGAAAUGAUGCGUUGUUAUUUGUGGCCUGAGCUCGGCUCAGAAAUAUUUAUGUCCGUGAUGUUUAGUAUAUGAUAAUGCACCAGGAGUACAGGCCUCGAGGACUGACUACCUGGAGCGAUGCUGUCAUCUCCUAUUUGGCUUUAUAAUUAACUGGGCUGUAGUGUGUAACGUGUGUCUGCAUCUAUGUGUGUGUUACUGCACGCGUCCAUGCAGCUCAUCUGCAGUGCUGUGUGAUUAAUGACUCCAGGGGUGAGUGAACAUCGGCGGUCAGGCCUUUCUGGUUAUUCUGAGCUGACCUAGUGUGAGUGGGCCACAGUGGACACAAAGCCUCAGGUGAUCUCAAAAUCCUCGUCUAGUCUCUCACCUGUGCAUCAGCCCCGGCACUGCAGGAAUAUUUUCACUCGCUGAGAGAGGUGAGUGCAGUUUCUACACAAGGACACACAUUCAAUCACUGAGAAAGGACACUCACUGUUUACUCUCAUUGUUUCCCACUCUAUGCUGAAAAUCGCUCUUUGAAUGGCCAGAAUAGCUCUCUUAGUGGCUAAAGCACAGAAAUAAUCAGACUUGUAUAAAUACAUUGCCAGACCACAAAGCCUACAAAGCCUUAUCUUUCAUGUUUUCAUGUUCCAAAUGUCCAUGAAUUAACAAAUAUAUACU